CAUAUACCAUUCAUCUAGACGAAGCAAAAAAAAAUGGAUGGAGUUCGUAAAAAAUGCCGAUGGUGCCAGAGGUUACUUCAUCCGAGAGGACUUUUCAUGCAUGAACUCUAUUGCAAGAUGAAACCUGACUCGGAGAAGAACAAAGAGAAGAAGAGCGGUAAGAAUGAUUAGGAAUCUCAAAAGGAGAGUAGGUAACAAUCUUUAAACGGCGAUGGUUUAUCAGUAUCUUAAUCACUUACGUCCUGGUAGUGUUGUAAUUAAAUGGUAGCAUUUAAUUACUCACUAAGCCACUGACACAGGGCGGACGCGUUUUCGCGUCGCGGUCCUGGAGAAGGAGAGGCAUGGGCAAGGGUAAUGCUCUGGCAUGAGCUUCCGCCAGUGUGCAACGAUCUGCCUCCAAGGAGGCAGCCUCGUCCAUGGCGUGGGAUUUUCCUUAGGCAGAGGCUAAUUUUUAAACGCCGGGCAAGGGUACCCUUGCCCGGCGUUUAAGCUUCUAGCCCCACUAGAAACCGCGCACACGUUCGCGGUUUUUUCUUUUCUCCCGUUUAUUAAAUUUUUUAAUUUGUUAACAUUUUUGGAAUUUCUAGAGCCGUGAAGCCUCUAAUUGGAAAGGCUUCAACCUUCGCAAAUUUUAAGCACAUCGCUGCAAAAAAUGGCAAAAAUGUAAAUUUUUAGAAAGUGACCAGCCACCCCAGCCACCAAGGAAAAAAAAAGGUGGCGAAGGCAAUCCCCACUGGUGUGAUUUUUUUCGCCGUGCAGCCACCCCCAUCCAAAAAAAAAAAGAAGGACCUUCUUAAUUUUUUUGGCUGGGGGUGGCUGCACGGCGAAAAAAAUCACAUCAGUGGGGAUUGCCUUCGCCACGUUUUUUUUUUAUUUUGGAGCAGGUGGCGAGAAAAAUACAAAAUCAUCAAAUUUGUGAGUUUUUUUUUCUUAAUCAGCACUGGUAAAAAUUCCCCAGGGUGCUGAUUUCCAGUUAAAAAGAUGCCAAAAAGUUGCUAAAUUGUUUCUUUUUUUUCUAUUCUGCACUGGUAAAAAUUCGCAGGCUGCUGAUUUCCAGUUGAAAAGAUGCCAAAAAGUUGCUAAAUUGCUUCUCUUUUUUCUAAUCGCCACUGGUAAAAAUUCGCAGGCUGCCGAUUUCCAGUUGAAAAGAUGCCAAAAAGUUGCUAAAUUUCUUCUUUUUUUUCUAAUCGGCACUGAUAAAAAUUCGCAGGGUGCUGAUUUCGAGUUAAAAAGAUGCCCACGAUUGCCCUCCCUUCAUUGUCGCUGUUUUAUAUUCGAGCUCUCACUUACGUACAUGGCUGCCUCCUGGUCUUCAUCGUUUUCGGAUGCGAACCGUUUCCCAUUACACUGGUAGCAAUGUGGAUUAUGCUGUGCAGAAUUUAUGAUAGGAUUCAGAGCCUUGCGCAUUUGUUAGCUAUACUAUUGCCGGCCCUGCUAAAGUAUACGCGCACAAUAUUCCCAGCCCUCAGCUGCCGCGUGCGUGCGUUUUCGCCUAAUUUUAGUAGGAUGAGGCUAGUGGCUCCCUUCCCAUCCACCCGCGGCCACUGCGUGCCAUCUGUGGAGUUAUCUCAGCCCAUGCCUGGCGCUUCAUUCAGCUGCCGCGUGCCUGCGUUUUCGCCUCGUUUCAGUAGGAUGGAGCUAGUGGCUCCCUUCCCAUCCACUCGCGGCCCCUGCGUCGCCUUUGUGGAAUUUCCUCAGCCUAUGCAUUGCGCUUCAUGUUGGUCCACCAUGCCGGAGCUUGCCACUGGUGUCGCUUACAUAACCGCGACCACUGUCGACGAACAUCCUCAACAACGAGACGGCUGAGAUCUACUGGCUUGAUCUCGGAUCUCCUGCGUGACGUACUUCCCGGAUCCAAUUACAAGCCAGGCGCUGCGAAUAAAGUCCACCAGGACCGGACAACGAACGCCGAAACACCUGCGCCACGUCGCCGCGUUAGCGGUUUCCUCUCAUUUCCUGGCGUGGUGAGGCUUUACACCGAGCCGCUUCGAUGAUGCAGCGGGAUGAUCUGCGAGGGAUUACACGGAAGCCGCGAGCAGAUCAACAAAGCACUGGCAGAUCUCGCGCGUCGGAUGAGGCUAGACGGUGCCAGACUGUUCGAGGUUCGUCCAUGGAGCCCCUGCGUCCGGUACGUCACUGCCCACGAGUUAGCAUUGUGCUGCGCCAGAGCCUUCAGCCUAUUCAGAUUCUCACAAUAGUGGGGAGGAGGCUCCGCAUCAUUCAAGUGGGCGAGAGGGGUACUCUUCGGGCUUAGUCCACCCGAAGAUAAAAGCUCGAAAAGAUGGACCACGCCGAGAAGACGAAACCAAUGGGCUGACUCCUGUGCUCGUCCCGCUGGUUUCUAUUCUCGUAGCCAAUUUCUUGAGGUUAGGGCUACAACGACACCACUGACGGCCAAAGAUUGCCGUCCGCGCCAGUGUUCGUCACUUCGAGCUGCCUCAUCUGCUGGCCCUGAUAGCCUAGCUCGCCCAUUAUCUAGCAUAUCUUCAGCGCGUCACUCUCUUACUUCGCUGUAUUCCUUUCAUCUUCUAAUUCUCAUCUACCACGUGGAAAAUGUUGGCUUUUCAUUUUGAAGAAGCUCACCUCCGGGAUCCAGACAACUUAUGUUUGUUUUUUCGCUCACCAUUCGAUAAACCAUCGCCAUGUAUUUAGCUUGACUUCUUCGCGCAUGUUUUUUCAACUAAGAACCUGAAGCAGACACUUCGCAACCACACGAAAACUUUUCUGCGACUUAUUGGAGAAAACGUUAUUGGGCCAGUCGUAAAACAUACGAGGAGCAAAUAGAAACACUUCAAGGAGAAUUGGGAGAAGCUCUACAUCAUCUUCAAUAUGUUGAAAAUUCUGCCACUGAUGUCAAUGGCGAUCUUCGAUCUGAUUUGGACAGCACCCGAGGAAAACUUGAAGCUGCUUCUGCUUCUCUAAGAUCCAUGCAGCACCACGCAGAUUAUACCUCGGAACUACUCACAACUCAGCAGUUUGCUCAUGAAGAAAGCCAAAAGAAUUGGCUACAACAUCACCAGAAGAAACAGACCGAAUGUCAAAUAAUACUUGAACAAAACGAGCAGCUCAAAAAAGAACUACUAACUAAAAACAAACAAGUCUACUACUCCAAACAAGUUCUUCUCGUCUUGGCAAUCUGCUAUGGUGCACUCCUCUCCAUUUUCCUUUUUGGUAUAACAUUAUUAUUCUUAUGAGCCAAUGUAUCGUAUGUCAUUCUCUCAGAAAUACAAAUGCACUAAUAACUAUCAUGUUUAUACAUGCUUAGGUACUCCAGCUACCGGAGUUGUACCGGAUGCGACUUCGUCUUCUUCGAAAGCUCCCCCUGUCCCGAUUAUCGGAGCUUCUGCUGUCCGUGAUGAUGCUGGUGGAUCGAAAACACAUGGAAAAGACAUCUUACGCGAUGAAGAAUUCCACAUGGACGAAGAACUUGACGAUGGUAAUACGAAAAUCUUCGUGAAUGGAAAAAAGCCAUCUGGACAGGGAGAAAUCAUCGACUUAACUCGUGAUGAGGAUGAUGAACCUCAUGCGAAGGCAACAAGCUCUGGACCAGGUCCUUUAUUUUUGUACUAUGAAGUGGCAGCAUGUAUUCUUUUUCUAUACAUACCAUCCAUCCUUAUCGAAUAUGGAACAAUGUAUCAUCUUUUCAGAAAAUUUCAAUACCAAAUAUAUCACAGGACCUUCCUCAAAGCGAGCACGCGCAACUACGUCAUCUUCCACCGAUUCCAAAAAAAAAAAAUCGAAAGCCAGUACAAAU